UACCACCGACAUUACUUUCUUCCAACAGUUAACGAUCAUGGCUGUAACAGAAGGAGCUUUUCUUAGGCAUGUUUUCUGGUCACUGAAUCUCCUUUUAAUAUCCCACAUGGUGAGAAUGAGAUGCAGCCCUCCGGAGGAUCCAAUAAAAUGUUCACCACCAAGUACGAGCAAUUGCACGAUCACCAAUUCAUAUGGCGCUUUCCCCGAUCGAAGCGUGUGUCGAGCGGCCGAGGUGGUUUACCCAAUCUCGGAGGAAGAGCUCAUAUCAGUAGUCGCCAAUGCUACGAUGAGAAAGAGAAAGAUGAAGGUGGUGACUCGUUACUCCCACAGUAUACCCAAACUGGUUUGUCCGGACGGUCAGGACGGCUUGCUCAUAAGCACCAAGUAUCUCCGUCAAAUUUUGAAGGUGGACGCAACGGCGAUGAGGAUGACCGUGGAAAGUGGUGUGACGCUGAGGGAGUUGAUUGACGAGGCAGCAAAUAAGGCUGGGCUGGCGCUGCCUUAUACGCCUUACUGGUGGGGCUUGACGGUUGGUGGUCUCCUUGGCACCGGUGCCCACGGUAGCUCUUUAUGGGGAAAGGGGAGUUCUGUCCAUGACUACGUGAUCGGCCUUCGAAUCGUCACUCCUGCCGGACCCAACCAGGGUUAUGCUGUGGUCCGAGUCCUGGAUAACAGUCACGAUGACAUUAACGCGGCUAAGCUGUCGCUUGGGGUCCUUGGGGUCGUUUCACAGGUUACAUUCGAGUUGCAGCCUCUUUUCAAACGGUCUAUCACCAACUUGGUAAAAAGCGACUCAGACUUGGGAGAACAGGCUCUUAACUUCGGCAAACAACACGAGUAUGCAGACAUGGCAUGGUAUCCCAGUCAACAGAAGGUAGUCUACCGAAUUGAUGACCGGGUCUCCUCCAAUGUCUCCGGUAAUGGAUUCAACAACUUUAUUGGAUUCCGUUCCACGCCUUCACUCACUUUGGCAAUGAUAAGAUCUACAGAGGAGACUCAAGAAUCAACAAGCGAUGCGGAUGCAAAGUGUCUCACUUCGCAGAUAACAACGUCCACAUUGAUGGCUAAUGGAUACGGGCUGACAAAUGACGGUAUCUCUUUUACUGGGUAUCCAGUAAUUGGAUAUCACAACCUCCUGCAAGCAUCUGGAACCUGCCUUGAUAGCCCAGAAGAUUCCCUCGUCACUGCUUGUCCAUGGGACCCCAGGGUUAAGAGUCAGUUCUUUCAUCAAACAGCGAUUAGCAUUGGAUUAAACAAAGUUAGGAACUUCAUUGAAGACGUGCAGAAGCUAGUAGCCAUGGAGCCCAAGGCCAUGUGUGGUUUGGAGCUCAAUAAUGGGAUUUUAAUGCGAUAUGUGAAGGCCUCCAACGCCUAUCUGGGUAAACAGGAGGAUGCAAUUGACUUUGACAUGACUUACUACAGAAGCAGAAACCCAAUGACCCCUAGGCUCUUCGAGGACAUACUUGAAGAGGUCGAGCAGCUUGCACUGUUCAAGUAUGGAGGGCUACCACACUGGGGAAAGAAUCGGAACCUUGCAUUUGAUGAUGUAAUAAACAAAUAUCGGAACGCCAGAGCAUUCUUACAAGUGAGAGAGAGGUAUGAUCCCUUGGGGCUAUUCUCUAGUGAAUGGACGGACCAAGUUCUUGGAUUACAGAAAGGGGUAGCUAUAAACAAGGAGGGUUGUGCUCUGGAAGGUUUAUGUAUAUGCUCACAGGACAUCCACUGUGCCCCAGAUAAGGGUUACUUCUGUCGAGCAGGUAGAGUGUAUAAGGAUGCCCGGGUUUGUACACGCUUGAUCUCUUAAAUGAACUAGCAAUUCCUCUA